CACAACUCGACAACGGCCAACUCUUUUGCUGGCAAUUCAAUGUUAUAUGUGUUAACGUCGCAGGCGGUUGUGUUUGAAAAUCAUUUUUCAAAAAAGGUUAAAAAAUUAAAAAAAAGCAAAACAAAAAAAAUUUCAAAACAAAAGCAUCUCUCAACGAAAAAUUUUUUGAUUAUUAAUUUAAAUCAACAACAAAAAUCUAAACAAAACAACAACAUGUUCAGCUCAUUCACAGGCAAUUCUAAAUCAUCCCUUAAAAACUUGGGUGACAAGACUGUCAAUCUCUUCUCCAAGAAGAAGGAUGAGGUCGAGAAAUUGGCCAAUGAAAAGGUAACCGAUGUUCAAAAAGCCGCCGAAGAACAAGCCAAGAAAGCUGGUGAAUCAAUACAAAAAACCAAGAGCGAAGCUGAAAAGUUGGCAGCUGAUACUGCCAAGGAAGCUGCCGACUUAGCCGCCGAGGAAGCCAAGAAGGCUGAAAGUGUUGUUGCCGAUGGUGUGGGCAAGGCUAAUGCUGCUGUCGAUAAUACCAAGAAUGUCAUCAAUAAUACCACCCAACAAGUUAGUAAUGUGGCGGCCAAUACCAAACAAAUCGCAGCCAAUGUAGCCGAAGCCUCAAAAACAGCCGCUGCCAAUGCCGUUGACCAAACCAAAAAGGCUGCCAACGAUGCCAUCAACAAAUCCGUCAAGGCUGCCGAACAAGUGGUCGAUGAAAAAAUGAAACAAGCCGAACAUACCGUCGAUGAAGGCAUCAAGGCCGCCAACCAGGCUGUGGACCACAAGAUUUCCGAAGCUAAUCAAUAUGUCGAUCAAAAGAGAGUAGAUUUGGAAAAGACUUUGCAUGACACAGCUCAAUCUGGUCACGAUAUGGCUGCCCAACAGGCUGCUGGUUUAAUGGGCAAAUUGAAUUUGGCUAAGUAAAAAGUGCAAAGCCCCCACCCCUACACAUCAAGUUAGGUUAAAGUUUAAAAAAUAAAUUAAAAUAAAAUCCAACGACAACUAUUGCAACACAUACUAACUAACCGCAACAAAAACUACAACAACAAAAAAGGAUAAAAAACUACAACAACAACAGCAAUUGCUUAAUGAAAAACCAGAAAAACAGAUAACCGCAACAAAAAGAAUUUUGAAUGUGCCGUGCCAGUUUUGUGAUUUUAAAUACCUGGUCUUAUAUAACAAUAAAAUAAAAACUCCCCCAGAUUUUUGUUCAAAAAGUUCUAAAGUAGUUUUGAAUCGUAAAAGAAAUCUAGGUUUUUCAAUAUAAUUUCCCCUUUUUUAUAUGUAAAGCAUUUAUCAACUCUUGCGAAUGCUAAAAAAAUAGUUAAUAUGAGGCCUAUGAAAAGAUUUGAAUUGAAGAGAACAAAAGAAUCAAAAAUGAAAAACGGCAAAGUCGCUUUGUAGUUUUAAAAUGAAAUACAACAAAACAAAAUUUAAAUAUUUUAAACAAUACUGCUAAACUGAGUAUAUGAAAAUUAAGUUUAUAUACACUUACAAAUAUUUGUAAAUUUUUAUGAGUAUCCUGUUUUUUUCGUUCUAAAACUUUUUUUGUAUGCCUUACCUACUACUCAAGUGAAUUUAUUUUCUGUCUUUUGAACGAAUGAAUCGUGGAGAAGGCAAAUUUUUCUUCUCCACGGUGUUUGUUUUUUACUUUCUUUGAUAUAGUAUUUUUCGAAUAUUUUUUAUGAAUUCAUAUUUUAUCCCUUUUUUGAUUUUCAAACAAAAAGGAGAGAAUCUCCCUUAUUGAUAUUAGUUUUUUAAUUUAUUUUUGUAUUAUAAAAAAAAUAUGAUAAUUUUU